UUGGCUUCAACUAAUCUUAUCCCCUCAUCUCAUUGUCUCUUUAGUUAUGAGCGUGACGAAAAGAAAACCAACAGUGCAAAGCACAAGUCUACCAAACGUAAAACCGAUUUCUACAAUCAUUCCUCUUUAUCCGAGCCGAAAAUUUUAGCUAAAAUGAAUGGUCUUUUACCUCGUGAUAAUGGUUGCACUUGUGACAAAAUUUCUUAUUUCAAUCGGAAAUGCUCCGUCGAAUAUCUAACCGGCAUUAUGUCUGCCUGUAGCACCCUUCCAACCGAGCCUGCUCCUGUAAUUCCAAAUCCUGAAAAUCCUAAAGUUGCGUAUGCUACCUCGAUGAAAACUUUUACGUGUAUUUGUUGCAAACUUACCUUUGAUAAUAACGAAGAACAAAAAGCUCACUUUAAAUCCGAUGAACACGCUGCUUUAGUUAGCAAGAAUGUGCGCCGUCCCGAAAGUGGCGGUUGGCUGUAUGAAACAUGGAAUGAAACCGAUAGCGAUUCUUCAUCAGAAUCUUCAGAGAGUGAAAACGAGGAGAAACAAGAUAAAAAUUCCUGUGAAUUAAAAAUGCCUGGUAGUGUGAAAAAGAGUGUUGUCGGAUCAUUAGCAAUGUUUCGAAACCGAAGGCAGGAAAUAAUCGGAAUACACAGAUGUCUUAUUCGUUCACGGGAGGCCCCUGUGAAGUAUUUUGAUGAUGUUUUGAAAAGAAUCGAUCUUCUUCGCAAUAGUCGAUUUUGGGCUUUCCUUCUGUACUCAGGUGGCAAAUUUGCUGGUGCAAUAUUCGAUGAAGAUCGAGUCGUUGUGCACAAGACCUUCCAUCGGUACACAGUUCGUGCCAAACAAGGCGGAAGUCAGACUGUUCGUGACGGUGCUCUCGGUGGAAUGAGCGGUCACAAAUCCGCCGGAUCUGCUCUUCGCCGUCAUGGCGAAAUUGCCAUUAGAUCGGAUGUUGCUAAUCUACUCCACGUAAAGUGGCGAUCUUACAUGCAGGCUUGUCAACUCAUUCUUACCAUAACAGCCCGUCGAAACCACUCCAUAUUCACUACACCACCUUCCUGCUGCGCACCAUCAGAGUCGCCAAAUAUCAUUGAAAAUGAAGGUCACUCUUCUGGGGGUGAGAGCGGCGACAAGGAACCAAUUCUCGCUUCUGGUCCUGAUCCCCAGGCUGUCGAGGCAGUUGGUGUGAAAAUGGGUCUUGUUGCGGGUGACCCUCGUCUUAGACGUCUUUCUGGCGGCGCAAGAAGCAUCUCCUACGCGCAUAUCAAAGAACUUCAAGCAGAAUUCUCGAAGUUCCGAGUCUACGAGCCCUUCGUCGAUCUUAGUUUGAUUUCCCUCUCUGAUCGACGACAAAUGGAGGAGGGUGUGCCGAUGGUAUUUGAGUCGAAAUCCGGACGUCUCUUCUAUGGGACACUGCCAGAGCUCCUAAAGAACACCCCCAGUUCAGCAUCUCAGAAAAUUCCCAAAGAGCCCUCUGAGUCUUCGAACCCUCCUCAAGCAUCCUUCAUUGAACAACCAGCGGGUGCAAUGACAGCACCAUCGACUUCAGCAAGUCGAAAGAAGAGGCGACAACGAAAAAAUCGUCAGAAGAGACGAGAGAAAGAUGGCGAUCAGUCAGGCUCUACUUCCGAUUCAAAAUUCGAUUCCGAUAACUCGAAUGAUGCUUCCACGCGAAGAGCUGAUGAGUGGAUGAAUACAGCUUCCUCCUCUAAGUUGAAUCAGAGCUCUCCUGAUAAGGUGUCCCUAAACUCAAUCUAUGAUAAAUACAUGCGACAAAUUUUGAUGGCAACCGCGAAUAGAGACGAAGAGGAUUUGCAGCAAUUGUUAACCGUGCCAAAUCCCACUCUUUCUGCUGCCCGUGGAAUCGAGUUUCCACGUGAUCAAGAAACCUUACAUUCUAUUCUGAACUCCGUUCAAGUGUGGUUUGGGAAAGGUCUCCUUCAUACUGCUGUUGAACUUAGCGAUGAUCCUGAUAUUCUGGACAUCCUUUUGAAUGCCGGCUGCAGACUUGAAGUCAAAGAUGCGAACGGCAUGACGGCUUAUCAACUCGCGGAUAAGAUUGGCAAAAGAAAGCUGACUUCUCAUCUCAGACAUCUUCGUACUGAAUAUCCUGAUCGAUAUGACUAUGCAAAGGCUGGUCUUCCACCGCUCCAAUCUCCCGGGAACCCUGGAGGAAGUGUGAAAAGGCGGAAUCAACCCACCGCACUGACUAACGAAGUGAUCACUCGAAAAAGCGACAAGUCAUCGAUGAGAGAAAAGUGUGCUGCAGCUGCCGAGAAACGUGCCUCGCAAAGUCAAUUCAAGGAAAAGCCACAGAUAACCUGCAAUAAAUGUUCUGCGGAUAUGACGGCAAUAGAGCCAUUCUCCUACCUAAACUUCGUCUUCUGCUCCCCUGAAUGUAUGCGAAAGCAUCGCCAACAGCAGAAUAAAAGAUGA